AUGGCAGGACUUCUGGAGCAGCUUGACGGGUCCAUCUCCGAGAUACUAGCGGGCUGGAACAUCUACACCACCCUCAUCGCCUUCACUAUCGUCGGCUUCCUGACUUGGAUCGUUUACGACAGCGCCGAUGCCGACACACAUCCGCUACUGCUCGCAAGACAGGCAGUAGCUUCCUAUGUGAGGCAGCCGGGAGAAUCGGCUGUUUUCAGGUCUCCCGAGACUCCUCAUGGUUACCCUCUUCGUACCGGACUUGCCGUGAGACCUCCGGGCGCUCCCAUGUACUCGGCCGGCAAAGAUGGAGACCUUAGAGACAUCUGGCGACGAGUCACCGGCGAAAUCCCUCUCGAGAAAGGCGCCAAAUCCAGCGGCACGGCAAACAUCAUGACUGUCUUCGGCAAGGAAGGCGUGACCGAGCACAAAGUGGAACAUGUCACCAAGGAGAUUGCUAUCCUUGGAAAGCAUCUACAAGAUCGCGGUGCGAAGAGAGUCGCCGUCUACCUCCCCAACAGUCUCGAAUUCCUGGCUGCACUCUUUGCGGGCGCCUUCUAUGGCUUCACACCCAUCCUGAUACCAUACAACCAGCCACACCAGACCCUCAUCGAGCUUCUCCUCCAGACAGGAGCCGAUGCGCUAAUCGCCGAAGCCGGCUCUGUUCCUCUUGCUGAAGUUGGCCAGGGUGUAUCCAACCUCCGUUCCAUCAUCUGGACUGUGGAGAAGACAAGCAGACACAUGGACUGGAGCGAGGUACCCGAAGGCAUUGGUGGAAAGAUUGAUGUUGCGGUCUGGCAUGAGCUUGUACAGGAACAGAAGAACACUGCCACAGCACUGCCCUCAACUUCCGAGAAGCCUCCGAAUGUGGUCUUCCUCUGGCAAGAAGCCACUGGAAAGUCAGCAGACAUCGUCGAGUUCACCCAACAGAACCUGACUGCUGCUAUCGGCGCACUUAUCACAUCGCUUCCUGCCUCCCACCGUCUCAAUCCUUCGGACACGUUCCUCCCUGCCGACGCCUUCACGCAUUCCUACAGUCUGUGCUUGACGCUUGCUGCUUUGUUCUCCCACGCGACAGUCAUCAUUCAGUCCGUUGCUGGCCCAGGUGUCGACCUUGAACUGGCUACACGUUCCAUCGCCCCCACGGUUACAGUCAUCUCAGCCGAAACAGCUGCGAAGCUUCACAACACUACCAAGACAUCAGUGACCAGUGGCCCGCAGAAGCUGGCACACUAUCUUGAGACGCGAAUGUUGACCGCUGGUCGUCUACCUACUGACAACCUUCUUACCAAGCUCAAUGCGCCUGCCAGGGCGGCCGUCGGUACAACACCCGGGAAGCUACGCUUGGUCUUUGUAUCUGAACGACAGGGCCUGAACACACCACCACUUAGCUCAGAAGACCUUUCAGAUCUGCGCAUCUUCACCAAAGCGCGUGUUGUAUACGCCUUGACCACUGCCAAAGUAGCCGGAGCCGUUGCGCAAACAAACAUCUACGACUAUCGAAGAGGUGAAACCCCGUCCAAUAAGCACAGCCACUUCGGUGUGCCUCUCAGCUGCGUGGAGAUCAAGUUGAAAGAUACAGCACAACAUAAAACAACAGACGAACAGACUGCUGGCGAGCUUGUUGUCACUGGCUCAUCGGUUGUAGGUGGUGAGGUUCACCUAGGUGUGAAUGCGACCAUCCGAGAUGAUCACACUUUGGCCUAUGUUUAG